UUGCUUCUUCUACUGUAGUUGUUUCUACAGCAGUAGUUAUUUCUACUGAAUUUGUUGUUUCUCCUCCAGUAGUUGUUUCUUCUACUGUUGUUGUUUCUCCAGCAGUAGUUGUUCCUCCAUGUGUAGAUGUUUCUCCUACUGUCGUUGUUUCUCCUACUGUAGUGGUUUCUCCUUCUGUAGUUGUUUCUCCUUUUGUAGUGGUUUUUUCUAUUGUUGUUGUUUCUCUUACUGUAGUUGUUUCUACUGCAGUAGUUAUUUUUCCUGCUUUUGUUGUUUUUCCUCCAGAAGCUGUUUCUUCUACUGUUGUUGUUUCUCCUGCAGUAGAUGUUUCUCCUACUGUUGUUGUUUCUCCUACUGUAGUUGUUUCUCCUGCUGAAGUUGUUUCUUCUACUGUAGUUGUUGAUUCUAUUAAAAUUGGUAUUUCUCCAUUAAACUCUUCUGUUGUUGUUUCUUUAGCGACUGUUGUUAUUGAUCCAUGUAGUUGCUCUGUUGUUGAAGGUGGUGGUUUAACAGUAGUUGAUCCCAGUAAAAUUGGUAUUUCUCCAUCUAAUUCUGUGUGCUCUGUUGUUGUUGUCGGUAGUGAUAUUGUUUCUCCUACUGUCGUUUUUUCUACUGCAGUAGUUGUUUCUCCUUGUGUUCUUGUUUCUCCUACUGCAGUUGUUUCUCCUACUGUAGUUGUUUCUCCUAGUUUAGUUGUUUCUCCUUCUGUAGCGGUUUCUCCUACUGUAUUUAUUUUUCCUACUAUAGUUGUUUCUUCUUUUGUAGUUGUUUCAUCUGCAGUAGUUAUUUCUCCUGCAUUUGUUGUUUCUCCUCCAGUAGUUGUUUCUUCUAGUGUUAUUGUUUCUCCUGCAUUAGUUGAUCCUACUUUUGAAAUUGUUUCUCCUAUCAUAGUUCAUUCUCCUACUCUUGCUGUUUCUCCUUUGGUAGUGGUUUUUCCUACUAAAGUUGUUUCUCCUUCUGUAGUUGCUUCUUCUACUGUAGUUGUUUCUUCAGCAGUAGUUAUUUCUACUAAAUUUGUUGUUUCUCCUCCAGUAGUUGAUUCUUCUACUGUUGUUGUUUUUCCAGCAGUAGUUGUUUCUCCUUGUGUAGAUAUUUCUCCUUCUGUAGUUGUUUCUCCUUUUGUAGUGAAAAUUGAUUUUUCUCCAUAUAAUUGCUCUGUUGUUGUUGGAAGUGGUUUAACGGUUGUUGAUUUUACCAAAGUCGGUAUUUCUCCAUAUAACUGCUCUGUUGUUGUUGGUGGUUGUUCAACAGAUGUUGGUUCUAACAAAAUUGUUGUUUCCUCUGCAGUAGUUAUUUCUCCUGCAUUUGUUGUUUCUCCUCCAGUAGUUGUUUCUUCUACUGUUGGUGUUUCUCCUGCAUUAGUUGUUCCUACUUUUGAAGUUGUUUCUCCUACCAUAGUUGUUUCUCCUACUCUCUUUGUUUCUUCUACUGUAGCAGUUUUUCCUUCUGCAAUUGUUUCUUCUUUCGUAGUGGUUUUUCCUAGUGUAGUUGUUUCUCCUUCUGUAGUUGUUUCUAUUGCAGUAGUUAUUUCUCCUUCAUUUGUUGUUUCUCCUUCAGUAGUUGUUUCUUCUACUGUUGUUGUUUCUCCAGCAGUAGUUGUUCCUCCUUGUGUAGAUGUUUCUCCUACUGUCGUUGUUUCUCCUACUGUAGUAGUUUCUUCUUUUGUAGUUGUUUCUCCUUUUGAAGUAGUUUUUCCUAUUGUUGUUGUUCCUCAUGCUGUAGUUGUUUCUUCUACUGUAGUUGUUUCUACCGCAGUAGUUAUUAUUCCUGCUAUUGUUGUUUCUCCUCUAGUAGUUGUUUCUCCUUGUGUAGUUGUUUCCCCUACUGUUGUUGUUUCUCCUACUGCAAUUGUUUCUUCUUUCGUAGUCGUUUUUCCUAGUGUAGUUGUUUCUCCUUCUGUAGUUGUUUCUACUGCAGUAGUUAUUUCUCCUGCAUUUGUUGUUUCUCCUCCUGCAGUUGUUUCUCCUACUGUAGUGGAUUCUCCUUCUGUAGUUGUUUCUACUGCAGUAGUUAUUUCUCCUGCAUAUGUUGUUUCUUCGACUGUUGUUGUUUCUCCUGCAGUAGUUGUUCCUUCAACUGUAGUGGUUUCUCCUUCUGUAUUUGUUUCUCCUUUAGCAGUGGUUUCUUCUAUUUUGUUUCUUCUACUGUUUAUUUCUACUGCUGUUGUUAUUUCUCCUCUACUAGUUGUUUCUUCUACUGUUGUUGUUUCUCCUGCAGUAGUUGUUCCUCUUUGUGUAGUUGUUUCUCCUCCUGUAGUUGUUUCUCCUACUGUCGUUGUUUCUCUUACUGUAGAGGUUUCUCCUUCUGUAGUUCUUCCUCCUUUAGCAGUGGUUUCUUCUACUGUUGUUAAUUUUCUUGCAGUAGUUGUUCCUCCUUCUGUAGUUGUUUCUCCUACUGUCGUUGUUUCUCCUCCUAUAGAACUUUCUCCUACUCUAGUGGUUUCUCCUUCUGAAGUUGUUUCUCCUAUUUUGUUUCUUCUACUGUAG